AUGGCUCAUCAUAGUUCAGGGGAUCCCGCAUGGGCUCAUGCCCGUGCAGGUACUUCUUCUGCUUCUGUGGCCUCUGCCCCUGCAAGAUCAGAGGAUCUCGCAUGGGCUCAUGCCCGUGCAGUGCCUAACGCAAAAAAUAACACUAUAUGUUUGCAUUGUAAUAAGUUGAUUAAAGGGGGUGGUAUUACUAGACUUAAGUAUCAUCUUGCUGGGAUUAGGGGUCAAGUUGAACCAUGUAAAAAGGUUUCAUCUGAUAUUAGGUUUCAAAUGAAACAAAUGAUUGAAGACUUGAAAAAAUCUAAACAAACUAAAAAGAGGAUUCAAUUAGAAAUUGGGAACCCAUAUGAUGUUGAUGAGGAGGAUGAUAAGGUUAGGGUUGUUGAAAAGGGUCCCCCUCAAACAUUAGGUAAACGAAAAUCUAGGGGAAAAGACGUUGACACUGAUAUGGGUCAAAUAAGAGGAAAGAAGAAAAUUAAGAGUUAUUUUGCUCCUAGAACAACUCCCGGUGCUCAACCCUCUAUAAGAAGUGCUUUGGCUACAAAAGCAAUGAUUGAUAAUGCAAAAAUGAAUAUGGCAAGAUGGUGGUAUCAUUCUAAUGUACCCUUUUAUGCAUCUCAGUCACCCUAUUAUCAACCUAUGAUAGAUUCCAUUGCUGCUAUUGGGCCGGGAUUUAAGGGGCCUUCUUUUUAUGAGUUGAGGGGACCCCUUUUGAAAAAUGUUGUCCAUGAAGUUAAUGAUUUUUUGUUAGAUAUAAAAAAUGAUUGGAAAGUAUAUGGCUAUUUAGUGAUGUCUGAUGGGUGGAAAAAUCAAAAACAACAACCAAUAAUGAAUUUUUUGGUGUAUUGUCCAAGGGGAGCCAUGUUCUUGAAAUCUAUUGACACUUCAAGCCUUACAAAGGAUGCUGAAACUUUGUUCAAUAUAUUUGAUUCUGUUGUUCAAGAAAUUGGUGUGGAAUAUAUUGUGCAAUUGAUUACAGAUAAUGCUUCUGCCUAUAAAAAAAGCUAG